AUGGAAUCGUGGACGCGCCGUCUAUCCAUACGGCCUCUGGCAGAACAGGGAGAUGACAUAAGCAAGAAGGUUGACCACAUCAAUCCAGAGUCUUGGAAGGGUGAUGUCUCCAUCCGGAAUGUUGUCCUCCAGACUUGCUGGAGUCUCGGACAAGGAAUCGCUGAGUCGGAGCUUCGGGCAGCUCACAUAGCAGUUCCUUUCGAGGCGUAUGAAAGCUCAAAUCAUGACAUAGACAUGCUAAGGCCAUUCGGAGAUGGUAAGGUUGUUUACAUCGCGAGACUUCGGAUGGAUGAAGCGGAUGAAGAGCCUUCCAUCAUCGCAGAUUCAUCGAAAUCUACAGGCACUGCAGAACUGCACGCAUCUAUGGCAGCAGAAGAUUUGGCACUCGAACCCGAUGUGGAGGAUUUGCUAGGUCCUGAGGAUGUGGAGAAGGAGAAGGGGCAGAAGGUCGAAGCAUGGUUAACUGUCAGUGAUGACCCUGCUGCAAAGAAACAGCACAAGAGUACAAUUCUUCACUGGCUUUCCAACCCUCACAUCAGCCCUGGUUUGACUGAUCACCUCAGUCGAAUAUGCAGUUUUACAUGCUAUUCAAAUUUCGCUGUUGUGAUGGACAUGGAGACUGAGUUCGGGACUCCCCUACUUACUAUCGAUGAUCCAGCGCUCACUCUAUUGCAGCACAAUCCAACCGAAUCUGUCUUUCUUGCAGUGGUACGCGUCUGUGACAUUCUGCAUGACGGUAUCAGCAAAUAUGCACUUCCGGCGGCCAGGGUAAAUGAACCUAACAUCUGUAUCAAGUUCGACAUACUAUCACUCUCCUCAAUCACCCCGACGGAGGAUAAUCACCAUGUGGACUGGCAGUGGAACAUUAAAUAUGAGCAAUCAAGCUCCUCGAUAGCCCAGGAAGUUGAAGGAUGA